AUGAGGGGCGCAGAUUUGGAAGAGGACCUGCUGCCGCUUUUGGAGGAUGCCGAUGUGAACGUGCGACUGAGCUUGCAAAGCGCCCCUACCGCGAGAGCAGGCGUGCCAUGCGCUCAGCUGGCGCUGCACAAAGGCCCGACGGCGCGUGCGCGCUGGCGGGAGGUGGAGCGGUUGGCGGCCAAGCUGAGCGACCCGGAGCCCUUCGUGCGCCGGGCGGCGGCGGCCAGCCUUGGGGAGCGCGUCCGUGGCGUCGGGGGCCGAUGGGGGGCCGAGGGCACCUGGCAGCCGAACAAGCCACUGUGGGCACCCUGCAACGUGGCCAAGGCGCUGCUGGACCGCAACACCUCGGUGGCUCUGGCGGCCGCCCACUGCUUGGUGAGCCUCGGCGCCCCCGGCGCCGCCGGGCUCAUGCGGAGGCUUCUGCGGGAAGAGGACGAUGAGAAUCUGGGACACGAAACCGCAGUUCUGGAGCGCAUCAUGCUCGAUGCUCUCCAGGCCGCAGAUGCAAAGUUCAUCGAGCCUUAUGCUGAUGUGCUGGUAGUGUUCCUGGCCGCCGGCCAACCGGAAGUCCGCAGUGCAGCGUGGUCUUGCUUGUCCAAGGUCACGGACAAAGGAUUCCAAUAUUUGGUGAAGAAAGCUCACGAUCCCCACAUCGUGGUCCGCAAAGGCGUCGCAGAGGCCAUUGCCUUCUUGCUCUCUGGCAAGGAUGAGGAUCCCAGCAGCAUGGACAAGCAGGCGGCCGAGACCUUGGCGGGGCAGCUCACGGACCCGAGCGACGCCGUGCGGCUGCAGGCCUGCGAGGCCUUCAAGCGCAUUGGCGGGUCCUUGGCUGAAGCCCACGUGGCGGACCUGGCCAGAUGCCUGCAGGAGCACGACGUCCGAGUAUAUCGAACCGUCAUCGAGGUCCUCGCCGACCUCGGCCCGGCCUCCGCGCCCUAUGCGUCGCUGCUGCGCGCGCGGCUGGAGGUGCCGGAAGCGUCGGUGCGGGCGUCCUCCGCCAAAGCGCUGGGCAGGAUCGGCACUGCGGGGCUGUCGGCGGCACCUUUUCUGGCGCUGCGGCUGGAAGAAGACACCAACCUUGAGGUGAAGCGAUGUGCAGUGGAGGCACUGGGACUGCUUGGCGGUCUGAACGUGGCGGCUUCCUCACAGGUGGCCAAAGCGCAUGCGAACUGCUUGGCCUCCCAGCUGAUCAUGAAUCCUGAAGCCUCGCUGCGGCGAGCCUGUGCGGUAGCUCUGGGGCAGCUUGGUCAGUCUGCUUGUGGCUCUCUUCAUGAGUUGGUGCUGGCACUCGGCGACUCAGACUUGGAGGUCCGGCGAGCGGCAGCCCAUGCCCUGACCGGGCUGGGCGAAGGUGCGGCGCCGGAAGUGGUGGCAAUCAUCCGGAGCGUCGAAGACACGGUCGACAUCAGCUGAGGGAUGUUCAAAGUGAGUGUCCAAGACCCCUGUUGGCCAAUUCGGA